CUUCUCUGGCGUACGCACACUCCCUGGCCCGAUCAUGGGCAUCAACCGCCACCCUUCUUUCUGCUUCCCUCUCGCGGAUAGCUGACGUGCGCAUCUUGCCGGCUGAUCAGCAGUUUGGGACAAUUGGGAUGGAAGCAAUAGGAAAUAAAAGGCUGCAAACCCAACCUCACCCAUUUCCACCCCAACUCAACGGCUCCGUCCCCGAAGAUCAACUGGCGGUAUGCGGCGGGGUUUAGACACGAUUUCCCAUUUCGACAACCGUUCAACAUCACUUGGGCGCUCUUCAGGGGCAACCUUCAACAGGCGCUUCGUCGCUUGCGGCGAUCCACCGCCCGAUCGGGACCAUUCAUAGCGUUGAUAUCGCUUCCACCCAGCAUCUAUUCCGUCUGCGUCGUCUCUUGCCCCCUCUACUCCACCGCCAACUUCGCGGUCAUGGCCUCGCCCAACGAGGGAGCAGAGCUCAAGUUUGUAUCCUCGAUUCGGUACAAGUUCGCCAGUGUCUCCGGCGACGAGAAAAAGCUUAGCGACGCACUACAUUCGCACCUCAUCCCCUUACUUGACAAGGCCGGUAGCCAGCAUAAGGCCGUCCGAGAUGCCGUGUUCCAAGCCUUCAUCAGUGUUAAUAGUUUUGUCAAGCCCGUAGGCGUUCUGCUUCCCGUCGCAGCUCUUGUAGAUCAAUACAAAAAGACCAAUUCGCCCGUUGUCAAGCAACUAGACUUGAGCCUCAUAAAGCAGGGCAUCCUGCGGCUAGACCCGCCCAGGCGCCGAGAAUUGCUUCCCGUCGUCCUCCGGGCAAUCUCGAAGGAGACCAGCUCGGCUGGCGUCGCAGGAUUCUUCAAUAUAUUCUUACGCUUACUCCUGGACAUCAAACUACCCAGCCGAGGUAGUAAAGAGGACCUUGCACUUCGAGAGAGCACUGGGCUUUCGGAUCCAAAGGAUGCCAGUUACGUCUCCCAAUGGCUUGGGAAGCUCUUUCUCUUGAGACAGGACCUGGCCUUGGCAACGGAAGAGGAUCUCGGCGAGAAACUCGCAGCUUCGCCGUCAGGCCUAACUCUCGAAGACGUAACGUUUCUGAGAAGCAAUAAUCCCCAAACCUGGCGUCCGGGGAGUCCAAAUAGCCUAAGUUUGCCGGAAUGCAAGACCAAGGCUAUCGGCUUCCUAGCGAGUGGUGCCUUCACAGACUACGAGCGACAUAUCCCGACUAUAUGCGCCGCUGGUUCUUUGGAUUCGCGCAUCACCUCAGUGGCCGACGAUAUUCUAAAACGGUCAAAAGUUGACCUCGAAAAUAAGGACCUCAUCCAAUCCUUAUAUGAUGCUCACGGUAAAUUCCCAGCCGCGCACCGGAUUCAGGUCCUCAGAGUCCUCUCCAAAUCGGUCGUCGCGUGCGGUUUCAGAGAUGAGGCCGUGGAAGCGGUCAAACAGGAUUUCAACCUUGCGUCUGGUGACAACGCUUCUGUGGUCGGCCUCGAAGGCCUGCGAUUAAACAAGGCGUUAUUAGCAUUCCUAGGCUGGAUUGCCAGAAACGGCCCCGAUUCUGGUGACGAGAGCCCUGGUAUGGGUCCGGCUCUUGUCCUCUUACUCAAGGACUACAUUCUCAGUCAAGGAUGGCCGGAACCUAACCCUCGCGGGACCCAGUCUCAAAUCCAAGACGAGCAAAGAUUAAGAGCCAAUGCGUACGAAACCAUCGGCAUCCUAGCCAGGGGAAGCCAUUUCGAGCAUAAGGCAAAAGAUUCACUCGUAAAGUGGCUCUUCGACUCCCUUAUUUCCGACCCCAGCCCUGAUGUCGUGGUCUACAUCGAAAGCGCUCUAUCGAGCAUGAUGGGUCUCUUCAAACCGUCUGUCGCCACCGAAACUCGCGACCUAGAAAUAUUGUUGCUUGAGUACAUGACGUUACCGGAAGGCCAAGGGAGAAGGACGGCACGACACGUGGCCGCGCGUUUUGCGAACAACUGUCUCCCUUACAACAAUUUACAAGCCCGCUGGAUUAAUAUUCUCGCUCUAAGCGGUAGCUCCUCGGAACGACGUGACGUUUUAGAGGAGGGGCAGCGAGGUCUCGAUCCAUGGUGGGCCACCAAACUACAUGCCGACGAUGCGCUUGUUCUCCCUGACUGGACAAAACUGGUCCACAUGUUUUUCGAUGUCGGCGACGGGGAGGUCGAACAAAAUCAGAUGGCCGUUGACAAAAUAUCCAAGUAUGCUCUAUUUCCCGACGGCCGUCUCCGCGCAUUUCCAAUAGCAAUACGAUACGUCAAGCAAGUGCUGUUCCUUACUGCCUAUGGCGAGGAUAAAUUGGAGAUAGAUUGGGAGUCGCGGCUGGAAAGAAGCCUUCAGAAUGACCUCAAGACCCGCGACAAACUCAGGCAGCACUUUGCUGCUUCAAACCACGAGGCUCUCCUAUCACUUCUCAACGCAGCCUUCGAUGGGCUUCGAGACCACCCGGACCUGGGCUCGGAAGAUUGUAUCGGCUGUCUUGCAGAGAUAUUAUCAUUUGCGCCCUCAGCUACCAUCAUAUCCCCCUUAUCGGAAAGAGCCGAGGAACUGCUCCCGUGGAUCAAGUCGAAUAACCAGAAGGUAAGGCAAUCGGCGUCUAGCGUCUUCGGGAUACUCUCACCCUGGAACAGCCAAUCUGCCCAGUUUAUUUCCCAAUUGCGAACUUUCAUCGAAUCUUGCGGCGGAGCUCCUUCGGCCGCCCAGUCUGCAGAAUACCAAGGAUCGCUUGCUUGCUUGGGGAGUUACUUUUCUCGAGCCGCCUACUACGGGAAGAUUGCGGCUCAGGAUAUAUCCGAUCACGCCCGAUUUCUCCACAAGAGAUUCUCCGACGCGUUGCAGCAGGGAAGCGCUGACGUCACAGCCGCGGCCCUAGAUGCAAUCGCGCAGUUAUGGACUUCGAAUCUUCACUUCCCCGAAAAGGAAGAUGAUUUAGCUGCGACUUUGGAGCCACUUGCCAAGCUUGCAGCCUCAGGUAACGAGAAGGCCAUAUGGGCAUUGGGUAGACUGGCUAUCCCAACCCUGGCUGACGUCUCGGGAGGGGAGGCGGACCCUGCAGGAAAGAUUCUAGAUAAACUGUUCAGCUUAUCGGAGAUAAAGAGGACAGAGGUUCACCUGGCAGUGGGCGAGGCGAUCGCGUGCGCGAUCGCUCGGUGGGACUCUGAAGCCGUGCAAUUAGGUCUGGACGUCGAGCCGUCUGGGCCCGGAAAGUCCGAUAUCAUAGAGGCGCUCAGGAAACGACCGGCAAGAAUCAGUACCACGCUUGACAAGCUCAUCAGCGACUGCAAGACCACUAAGCCAUCACUGUUGAAAGCCUCUGGCAUAUGGCUCUUCUGUAUAAUUCAGUACUGCUCAACUCUCUCAGAGGUUCAGUCUCGCUUGCGCGAGUGUCAGGUUGCCUUCAUGCGACUCCUUACCGCGCGCGACGAGCUCGUUCAGGAGACUGCCUCGCGCGGCCUUGCGUUGGUAUACGAGAAAGGCGACCAGUCACUCAAGGGUGACCUCGUCAAGGACCUGGUAGCAAGCUUCACUGGUACCAAGACCCAACUAAAGGUCGACGAGGACACCGAACUCUUUGACGCAGGUGCCUUACCCACGGGCGAGGGAAAGUCAAUCACCUCGUAUAAGGAUAUCAUCAGUCUCGCCAACGAAGUCGGUGACCAGAGCCUCAUCUACAAGUUUAUGGCUCUUGCCACCAACGCGGCAACGUGGAGUGCCCGCUCCGCCUUUGGUAGGUUUGGGCUGAGCAACAUCUUGUCUGACGCGGAGUUGGACCCCAAGAUCUACCCAAAAUUGUACCGGUAUAGAUUUGACCCAAAUUCCAACGUGCGACGGUCUAUGGACGAUAUCUGGAAGGCGGUCGUCAGCGAUCCAACAGUCGUGAUCGACACAUACUUCGAUGCCAUCAUGCAAGACUUGCUGAAAAGUAUCCUCGAUGGGAGGGAAUGGCGUGUACGGGAGGCGAGCAGCGCGGCGAUGGCCGAUUUAAUCUACGGCCAGCCGUUUUCCAAGUACGAAAAGUACUAUACGGAUAUCUGGAAAGUGGCACUGAGGGUUCUCGAUGACCAGAAAGGCUCCGUUAGAGCAGCGGCCCUCAAAUUAUGCAUGGGCUUGUCGAAGACGCUAGUCACACAGCUCCAGGAAAACAACUCUUCCGCAUCUGCCAGAGCCAUGAUAGCCCAGGUUCUCCCGUUCCUGUUGUCGGACAAAGGCAUUGAGAACUCGGUCAAGGAAGUAAAGUAUAUGUCGAUAACCACGGUGCUAGACGUCGUUAAGAACGGGGGCGAAGCGCUGAAGCUUUUCAUUCCGACUAUCAUCACACGCUUCCUGGGGUUGCUUAGCACCGUAGAGCCAGAAGCGGUGAAUUAUUACUACCAGCGCGUUGGAGAGGAGGACCGUGAAGGGCUCGACAAACUACGGAGUAGUGCGGCUACAAGAUCACCAAUGUUUGAAUGUAUCGUCGACUGCCUACGGUCUGUUGACGAAGGCGUUAUGCGAGAAUUCGCCCCCCAGCUGGUGUUGACCAUCAAAUCUGCUAUCGGAAUGCAAACCAAGAUUGGCUGCGGCGAAGUUCUCAGUACCCUGGCUCUUCGACACAGCCUCCUUUUACCACCAUACAAUGUGACGUUCCUUAAGGUCAUGGAAACACAGAUACUUGACAGGAACCACGAAACGAGCAAGGCCUACGCGAGAAGCUCUGCGUAUCUCCUCAGAUCGGCGACCUUGGAGGCCCGGGAACGGUUCACCUCGAGGCUUCUGGAGUUAUAUUUCGGGGCGGAGGAUGAGACCACCCGACAGAAGGUUGCCGACGCAGCCUUAGCCAUCGCCAAAAUCUCCCCAGAUGCAUUUACGGAUCUCGAGACCCGUCUCUUGCCUUUCGCUUACCUAGCAAAACACGACACUGACAGUUACGUGUCGGAGGAGUUCGACGCAGUUUGGAACCAGCACGCCGGAGGGAGCCAUACUGUCAAGAGAUUCAUCGACGAGAUCACGCAAAUUGUUUCGGAAGGUCUUAAUACGUCGAAAUGGGCCCUCCAGCAUGGCGCCGCCUUGACAAUCGCAUCCAUGCUAACGGCGCUCGACAGCGCCGUCGGCAAAGACGGCCAAUUCGCCGCCGUCGAUCUGCCGAGAUUAUGGCCGGUCCUUGAGAAGGGGUUGUCGCUUAAGACAUUCCAGGGGAAGGAGAAAUUGGUUAGUGCAUAUCCCCUCUUCAUCCAACACAGCAAGACGCUUUGGAGCACGGACUCGGCUUUCGCGGCGCAGACAAAGAAGAUAGCUAUCCGCGAGGCGAAGCGAAAUAACGACGAGUACCGGCCUCAUGCCUUCCAAGCUCUCGCCAAGUUUGCCGCCGCUCGCGACGAUUUGGACAUGUACGCGGAGGCGGUAAGUCUCGUAUCGGAAUAUCUAAAACCUGACGUGGAAGCACACAAGGUGACAGAGCUUGAGCGGAGGACGUCGGAGGCAGCGCUCGAGGUAGUCAUGACGGCGUACAGCCGCAAGAAGAUGCAAUCUACCCCGCUUGCGAUCCUUGAGAAUGUGGUCGCUGUCGCGGAGGGGGCGAAGGAGGCCAUCUCCCUCGCCAAGGACACCUGGUUUACGGGGGUGGCAGAAAUCAUGAACCAAGCAGGAGAGGCCCCAGGAGGUCCUGGCGACUCGGCCGCGGGUAUCGUCGCGACCCGAUGGUUCAGGCUACUAGUGGCAGACAGGAGUGAUGUCAUUCUAGAAAGCCAGCGCUCGAUCAGAGCCAAGGCCCUGGGUGCGUUCGUGAAGGCGUGGAAGAAAGGCACCUUCGGGCCGGUUGGCGAGCAGGGUCCGCUGCACGAGGAGGUGGAACAGAGGCUGAAAGAAAUUAUCGGGGCAGAGCGGUCUAUCGACGUGCAGAAGCUGCUCGACCAGGCCGUCCAGCAGCUUGUGUCAUAAGCCAUCUCUGCCUAGAUGUUCUCGGAGACCGGUGAUCCUCACGGCUUCGGGGUUAGCUAGCCGCGCUGUCUACCAGCGAUGGUUAGAGGGGAGAAAGAGAGGCACGGAUCCCUAAUUUCUAGCUUCCAGUCUCAAACCAGUGUUUUUUUCAAAGCGUCUACCUAUAUAGAUAGUAUCGGCCCGUCCAUUUAACGAUCGAGUUGCCCUUGUCAUAUUCCGCCUCCAUCGGUUGCCCUCUACGAAGAGCUACUAUGUAGAUAAGUACUUGUCACACUUCUCAAGAGGCACUAUAGAGGCAGGCACUCUGGUAAAGUGAUGCUGAAUCGUGUUACAUAAGCAUAGUUAGAUCUAUUUACAUAUAGUUAUACUUAGU